AUGCUAGAUCCUGAGGGCAGUGUGGAGCACAAGCCUUCCUCUUCCUUCCCCAAAGUUUUCCUCAUCCCUCUAGCCAUGCUCCUUGCAAUUGCAGCACUCCUGCUCUUAGCAUUUUCUGCUACGCAGCAGAAAGAGCCUGAUUUUUACACUUUCAAAGUUGUAAACAUCAGGGGCAAACUAGUCUCUCUGGAGAAAUACAGGGGCUCGGUGUCGCUAGUUGUCAACGUUGCGAGUGAGUGUGGGUAUACAGAUAGCCACUACAAGGCCUUACAACAGUUACAGAGAGACCUCGGCCCAUAUCAUUUCAAUGUGCUGGCAUUCCCAUGCAAUCAGUUUGGGCAGCAAGAACCAGACACUAACAAAGAAAUUGAGAGUUUUGCGCGAAAGACUUAUGGUGCCUCCUUUCCUAUGUUCAGCAAAAUUGCAGUCAGCGGAGCCGGUGCAAUUCCUGCCUUCAAGUACUUAAUUGAUUCUACAGGAGAAGAACCAACGUGGAACUUCUGGAAAUACUUGGUGGACCCCAAUGGGAAAGUAGUAAAGGCCUGGGACUCUACUGUCUCUGUUGAAGAAAUAAGACCGCAUGUUACAGAACUUGUAAGGAAAAUCAUCCUGAAGAAGAAAGAUGAAUUAUGACUUUCAAAAAUCCCAGCAUACCAAUUACAUCUUUAUUGAGAAUUAGAGCUGGAGUUUGUCUUUUCACAUUCCAAAAGAGAGUAUAUGGGGAAGGGAAAUCAUGACCAGUGGCAUCUAUAUUCAUCAUCCUAAGAAUGUAGAAAACAGCAAGUUAUCAUGGUCAAAGUAAUUUAGAUUUUUUCUCCAACUGAAUUCAAUUUGACCUUUCUGGGAAAGAAGAACUCAUCAGCAAUUGUUUCUUUCCCAAUUCAAAUUAUUUAUUGUUGGUAACACUACAGGAAGUCAGUUCAUGUACCUGUAGGAAGAAGGCUCAGAAUAAUGAGAAUUUCCUGAUUGGGAUCUCACUGACAUGUACAAUUCUGUUGUCAUAUUUUGAUUGUGAGCUGAAUGAAAAAAUAAAGAGUAAAAAGUGCAUGAUUGAAUUAAGGCAUGUGCUAGGAAGAGGGCCAAAACAGAUACCUUCACACCAGGCAGACUUACAUAGAUAUAUGUCUUUCAAGUUACCAAGGCCAAAUAUAUUUAAUUUCAUCUGCCUAGAAAGUCAGUUAAGAAGGGCAUGGGGAAAAGACAUCUAUAAAACUUAAAUGAAAGAAAUGUGAAGACAAAGUCUCUGUAAAAAUUCUCCAAAAGCUGUGAGAAGAAUUUCUGCAUUUUUUCACCCAGUAAAGAUUAUCAGAUGAUAUUUAAAUAGCCACUUGAAUUCUGUAGGACCAGAGCCUAUAUGAAAUGGCUGUUUCUUUCUUCUAUUAGCAUUUUGCCUUAGAAGAAUUACUCUCGCCUCAUGCAACUGAUGUUAAAUUUAUUUUUAAAUUUAUAACAGCAUCCGAUUUUGCUGCAUGUA